AUGGCGAGACACAAGGGAUGUUUUUAUGUGCACAACACUCCACACAGCCCAUGGGGGGGACACUGUUCAGAGAAGAGUGAAAGAUGCAGAUGGGCACUGGGUUUUGAAGAACAUCUCGGCUCCACCAGCAGUGAAGGAGUACAACCGGUUCAUGGGUGGAGUGGAUCUUUCAGAUUCGCUGAUCAAUUAUUACAAAGUCAUCCACAAGACCCAGAGGUGGUAUAAGACAUUGUUUUAUCACUUUAUGGACAUUGCUAUUGUGAAUGCGUUCUUGCUUUACAAGGAUCUUACCAAAGGUAAAGGAGAGAUACCCAUGCACCAAAAGGCAUUCAGAGAGACACUUGUUGAGGAGCUGGCAGCAGCAGCAAAAAUUCCUGCUCCAUCGUCCACUCCACGCAGCAAACAUCACAAGCCUGUGCAUAUCACUGCACAUAGCACCAUGGGUCGUCUGAGGUGCAGACAGUGCCAAGCAAAGACACCAGUGAAGUGCUCCUCCUGUGACAUACCGUUGUGCUUUGUGCCAAAUCGUGAUUGUUACAAUGAGUGGCAUGAUGCCAAUAACUUGUAAAAUAUAAUUGUAAAAUGUGUAAAUAGUUAUGGUCUUACAUAUUGACUUAUAUAUGGUUUUAUAUAAGG